AUGGAGCGCAGUUACCUGUUGGCCGUGGCUUUCCUCCCGCUCUUGCUGCCGGCUUGGUCGCCGGGGCUGCCGCGCUCUAGCUGCGCCGCUUCUGCUGCCGCGGCGGCAGCCGCCGCCGCAGCCGCCUCGUCGUCGUCCUCUUCGGCGUCUUCUUCGUCCGCGUCGGCGUCGUCGGCCAAGGAGCUGUCUUGCCAGGAGAUCACGGUGCCCCUGUGCAAAGGCAUCGGCUACAACUACACGUACAUGCCCAACCAGUUCAACCACGACACGCAGGACGAGGCGGGGCUGGAGGUGCACCAGUUCUGGCCCCUGGUGGAGAUCCAGUGCUCGGCGGACCUGCGCUUCUUCCUGUGCAGCAUGUACACGCCCAUCUGCCUGGACGACUACAAGAAGCCGCUGCCGCCGUGCCGCAGCGUGUGCGAGCGGGCCAAGGCCGGCUGCGCGCCCCUCAUGCGCCAGUACGGCUUCGCCUGGCCCGACCGCAUGCGCUGCGACCGCCUGCCCGAGCAGGGCAACCAGGACACGCUCUGCAUGGACUACAACCGCACCGAGCUCGCCACCGCCGCGCCGCCGCCCCCGCAGCCCAAGCCGCCGCACCGCAAGCCUGCCGGCGGCGGCGCCAGGAUCCCCGGCGCGGCCGUCCCUCCUCCUCCGCCGCCGCCCGCCGAGCCGCCCCUGCGCAAGGCCCGGCCUCCGGCGCCCUGCGAGCCGGGCUGCCAGUGCCGCGCGCCCAUGGUCUCCGUGUCCAGCGAGCGCCACCCGCUCUACAACCGCGUCAAGACCGGCCAGAUCGCCAACUGCGCGCUGCCCUGCCACAACCCCUAUUUCAGCCCCGACGAGCGCGCCUUCACCGCCUUCUGGAUCGGCUUGUGGUCCAUCCUGUGCUUCAUCUCCACUUUCGCCACCGUCUCCACCUUCCUCAUCGACAUGGAGCGCUUCAAGUACCCCGAGCGGCCCAUCAUCUUCCUGGCCGCCUGCUACCUCUUCGUCUCCUUGGGCUACCUGGUGCGCCUCGUCGCCGGCCACGAGAAAGUGGCUUGCAGCGGCGGCGCGGCGGCGGGUGCAGUGCCGGCGGGUGCCGGAGGGGGCGCUGCAGGAGCAGCCGCGGCAGUCGGAGGGCGCGGGGCGGCAGGGGGCGCUGCGGAGCUGCAGCCGGAACUAGCCGUGGCGGAGCACGUGCGCUAUGAGAGCACUGGCCCUGCCCUGUGCACAGUGGUCUUCCUGCUGGUGUACUUCUUUGGCAUGGCCAGCUCCAUCUGGUGGGUCAUCCUGUCGCUCACCUGGUUCCUGGCGGCUGGCAUGAAGUGGGGCAACGAAGCCAUAGCGGGCUAUGCGCAGUACUUCCACCUGGCCGCCUGGCUGCUGCCCAGCGUCAAGUCCAUUGCCGUGCUGGCUCUCAGCUCGGUGGACGGGGACCCCGUGGCUGGCAUCUGCUACGUGGGCAACCAGAGCCUGGAGAACUUGCGGGGCUUUGUGCUGGCCCCCUUGCUGAUAUACCUGGCCAUUGGCUCCAUGUUCCUGCUGGCGGGCUUCGUCUCGCUCUUCCGCAUCCGCAGCGUCAUCAAGCAGCAAGGGGGCCCCACCAAGACGCACAAGCUGGAGAAGCUCAUGAUCCGCUUGGGCCUCUUCACCGUCCUCUACACGGUCCCGGCCGCCAGCGUGGUGGCCUGCCUCUUCUACGAGCAGCACAACCGCCCCCGCUGGGAGGCCACGCACAACUGCCCUUGCCUGCGGGACCAGCAGCCCGACCAGGCGCGCCGGCCGGACUACGCGGUCUUUAUGCUCAAGUACUUCAUGUGCCUCGUGGUUGGCAUCACGUCCGGAGUGUGGGUCUGGUCCGGGAAGACUCUGGAGUCCUGGAAGGCGCUCUGCACCCGUUGCUGCUGGGCCAGCAAGGGGACCGCCGCCGCAGUGGCGGCAGGGAGCAUUGGAGCGGUUGGCGGUGGCGGAGGGAGCAUGGUGACUGCCGCUGCGGUGGGGGGACUGGGGGGCGGAGCGGGGUCCAUGUACAGCGACGUCAGCACCGGCUUAACGUGGAGGUCUGGCACCGCCAGCUCAGUCUCAUAUCCAAAACAGAUGCCCUUGUCCCAGGUGUAA